AUGGGUCGGCUCGACCGGAGUGAUACCACGGCCUCACAGAAUACCAGCGUGAAACAACCCACAGCGUUGUGUUUCGCCGCGUUCGUAAUAUAUCUGAUUUUAUUCUUGGCCACACUCGAGGACCUCCACUACCCAGAUUGUGUUGGACUAUGUGACUACAACUACUACAACCGACCAACAACAACCAAACGACGCACGAAACCACGACCCACCUUACCACGACAUACGCCUCCGCCACCCAAAAGUCCAGUAAAAGAAUUUCACAAGAAAAUCAAAUGGGAAACACCAAUAGACCCAUGGCUCCCACCAAUUAAAGACAAUGUACCAGACUCUAAAUACUGCCGUCCCUUUGAUAAUGUCGUCGACACAACACGUCACAAUACGCCGCGCCAACAAUGUAAUCAAGUUGGUCAGCCUGCUCUAAUUGUAUGUGGCAUUUUGGAGAUCGCGCGCAUCAUUGUUAGCACAAUAAACGAAGCCUGUCCCUUCUCCUGCUUCAGGCUGGAUACCCGCGCAGUGUUCCGCAAGCACCUCAAAGACCCAGUACCACCACAGACGGGGCCUAGCAGGGCUUUGAUGACUAAUAAGCGCGGGUCCACGGACGGCGAGCGAGUGUGA